AUGGUGGAGCUAAACCAAAUUGGAGCACUACCUAAAGUUGAGUGGAAAGCAAUCAUGUUUAGUAAUCUAGCAAGGCCUAAAACAUUGUUCUCCAUGUGGCUGAUCAUCCAAGAGAGAAUGAUGACAACUGAUAGGUUGAACAAAUGGAACAUUAACGUUGAUCCAAUAUGUGUUCUGUGUGGAAAUCAUCCAGAGACUCAUGCUCAUCUAUUCUGGGAAUGUACUACCACCACUGAACUAUGGGCAGGAAUUUUCAACUGGCUGCACAUCCAGGUGCAAAUAAAAAUAUGGGAUCAGUUAAUAGCAUGGUUUGUGGAGAAAGCAAAGAAGAAAACUGUUGAAGGAUAG